AUGGCCGAGACAGGUGGUGCAACAGAGGCUACUGUUCCUAACACAGUGCAGUCACCGGCGAGAUCACCGAUGGCCACCAAGACUGCAACCUCAACAGGGCCUAAAUCAAAACCAGAAGACCAUUUCGGUUUUCGGAUGCACAAUCGCCACACAUCGCUGAUGGAAUUAUGGAAUGAGUGGCAUGGUCUGGGUGAUUAUGUCGAUUCUUACGGUGGUAUCGAAGGGCGUAACAAGGAGCAUGGCCGACACUGGCGAAAAAAGCUUGACAGUACGCUUUACUCAGCAACAAGCCGGAUUGUUAUGGGGGUGAAGGCUUAUGCCACCAGCCAAAAGAAGCAGGAAUUGGAUGUUCUACGUGAAUGGGAGCCUCUUUUCCAAGCAGACAAACGUUCCACCGGAAUGCUAGUCAAAACACUCCAAGCAAAGGAGCUUAUCAAAAAAGGCAAGCCUCGUGGUUUGUCGAAAAAGCGACUGCUAGAGCUACAACAACAACAACAGCAAGAGCAAGAGCAAAAUCAAUAG